AUGUCAACGGGAGAUCUCGUUCCUAAGCAAGAAGAUAUUGAUGAAAUGACGAAACAAGUUGUUGUUCAGAAUGGUGGACACAACUAUUUAUAUGCUGAAUACCUUAGAAUGACUGCAAAUCUCGCAUCAGAAAGUGAUGAAACGUUUUUAAAUCAUUUUCAGCCAAAUAUUAACUACGACAAGUCUGAUAUUAUUGAAGCACUCAAAUACGUUAUGGCAUAUCUUAAAGCAAACAAAAUGAAAGAAACAUUAAAUACUCUCCGCAUAGAAUAUCCAGAUGCACCAACAAAGACAGGUUAUAGUACAAGAUCUGAAGUAGCUAAAUCUUGGGAUCAUUUAAACGAAACAAUUAGAACUAAUAAGAGAAAGUCUCUCGACAAGAAAGUCAGACAAUUCAGCGAAGAAAUCGGUUUACCAGUACAAAAGCACUCAAGAAAGCCAACUCAUUAA